AUGAGUUUCACAAUUGCAUCCAAAGGAGGUAGAACCAAGCCCAAGGCCUCCAAAUCGGUCGCUAGAUCUCCCAAGGCUGCCCUCCAAUUUCCUGUCAGUAAAACUGCUCAUUCCAUCAAGGCCGACAAAUACUCCGAGCGUGUCGACGCCACCCCUGUCUACCUCUCUGUCGUCCUUGAAUACUUUGCUGCCGAGAUGCUUGAACUAGUUGGGAAAGCCACAAGGAACAACAAGAAGAAUUAGAUAGUUCUGAGGCAUAUAUAGCUAACGGUGAGAAAUGACGAGGAUUUGAGUAAGGUAUUGGGGACGGUCACAAUUGCAAACAGUGGCAAUUUUGCCAAACAUUCAUCAGAACCUGUUGCUGAAAAGGUUGGGAAAGGGAAGGGUAAGAUUGGAUCCGCGUCACAGGAUAAUCGACUUUGUAGAAUCAUGGAAGACAUGGAACUUUUUCUCCUGUCGGGCCAAUUUAGGGAUCCCGAUACACCCUGUCAGGCACCUCACCCGUUGGUAGAUCCUGAAUAUUUCAUAAACAUUAGCUUCGGUCAGUCCGGAAAUUGUCGGUUGAGGAUUGGAAAGUUGGACGCCACGAUAUGCAAGUGA